CUCCAAGGCGAUUAGGGUUUGUUCACCUUAGUCUGCCGCCGUCGGUGUGGCCUCUCGCCCACCGGUGAGAACCUCUUCUUUCUCCCUCCUCUUCCUUUCUUCCAUGGUUUCGAUGCUGCUCCUUCAGGGUUCAGAGUCACUGUUGCUCCUCCCCCCACCUCCUGAGCCGCCGCCGUUUGUUUUUCUUCUAGAUCUACUCACUGGGGUCUCUGCUCCCGACCCUCCUGAUCCUCCCGACGCUUCUGAAACUCUCGCACUGGAUCUGUCCUCUUUUCCCUGCCACUGUUUCACCUUAGCAGCUGCGAGGUCUCCUCUUCAUUCUACAACAACAUCUGACUCAGCCUGUUUGUUGAUUGUUUUUCUUGGAGUGAACCUUGUCAAGCCUCUGCUUCUUCCUACCAAUGGUUAUAGGUUUCAGAUCUAUAGUUUCAUAUGGGGAAAAAUUCGUUUUUUCUUCCUGUUAAGCAUAACUUGGAAAGGUAUGACCUUUGUGACCUCUCUUGAUGUUUCUAUUUGGGAUGGAACAUACCUUAGAUUCGGAUUCCUUGUCCUCCGUAUAAGAAACCAUUCACGACCAUUACCUCAGUAUGAGGAUCUUAUGCUUCUUGUCAGUCAUUGUUUUUCUCAUUAUGAAGCUGUUAGGCACUUGUUUUGCCUUCACUUACCUCAGUAUGAGGCUCACUUACCUCAGCAUGAGGUUGUUGUUCGAAAUCUCUUUUUGCGAUCAUCACAAUAUAUUUGUAUGUUGGUAGUCUUCUCUGAUGUUUCAGGUCUACAACUCAAAAAGAUUAGAGAUGGAGUUAAAGAAGUCAACCUUGGCUUCGUAUUUUCAGACUUGUUUGUCUGGCAGUGGUGGUUCUUUCAACUCUACACCCUAUUAUGGUUGCAGGUUUCCUCACAAUUCGAAGGCUCAUUAAGAUGGUGCUUGAUCACCUCUGUAGCCAAGUUCCUUGCUGCCUUCUAUGCAUUUAUUGCUGCAGCAUGUUCGGGUAUCAGUUCACUGCGUGUGUUCUCCAAUUCCCGUGGCUUCAUCUCACUCAGCACUCAUUGUGUUUCACUUUUAAGUUGCUUGUGUGUUAUGUUUGCUUUUAUCUAUGUUUGUGUUAUCCGGUUUGCUUUUGAUGCAGCGGUUUCUUUAGCUAUUGUGGUUGUAUUAUUGUUUCUGUUGAACAAUUCCUCUCUUGAUGGAGUGUAUGUUUUAUUAAUGAAAGUUGGUCUGAAGAGAGAGAGAGAGAGAGAGAGAGACUGUGGCAUUUGA